AUGACGAAACCGCAACCUCAAGAUAAGAGAAAAGUGCUUGCUUUAUUUGACGUUGAUGGGACACUCACCGUUCCCCGCAAGCGAGCCGACGAUGAAAUGAUUGCCUUCAUGGCGGCGCUGCGAGAAAAGGUCGCUGUAGGGAUAGUCGGCGGUAGCGACCUGGCUAAGAUCAAAGAGCAGCUAGGGGAAGCAGCGGACACAGAGUACGACUACUUGUUCUCUGAAAAUGGUCUGAUGGCAUUCAAGAAUGGAGAGUUACUGAAAGCAACGAGCUUCAAGGAACACUUAGGCGAGGCGAAAAUCAAGGAACUCGUGAAUUUUAUUCUUGUCUACAUUGCCAAUCUUGACAUUCCGAUCAAGCGUGGUACUUUCGUGGAGUUUCGAAAUGGCAUGCUUAACGUAAGCCCAAUUGGCCGCAAUUGCAGCCAGGAAGAGAGAGAUGACUUCGAGAAGUUUGACAAGGUGGCAGGUGUUCGUGAAAGGAUGGUCAAAGUUCUUCAGGUGCAGUUCAGAGAGUUUGACCUCACUUAUUCUGUCGGUGGUCAGAUCUCGUUUGAUGUUUUCCCGAGAGGUUGGGAUAAGACAUACUGUCUACAGUUUGUGGAGAAUGACUUCGAAGAAAUCCACUUUUUUGGUGAUAAGACAUACAGUGGUGGGAAUGAUCAUGAGAUUUUUGUGAGUCCCAAGACGAUUGGUCACACCGUGACUAGCCCAGCAGACACACGCAGACUAGUUGUCGAGCACAUUAUCGACAAGCUCUGA